CCUUGUGCAAAUCUUCAUUGCCAUUGAUGAUUCUAUUUCAUGAAUCGUUGACAUUGAUAUUCAAAUUAUGCUCGACUAAUGGCUUAAAUUCAAAAAGAAUAAUUCAUUAACCGAUGCUUGUUAGUGUAUCACCAAAGCGUGACACCUAAACAUCCUCUUUGACUAUUAGCAUUCCAACCACCCUGUUGUUUUGUUUAAGAUAUUCGCCAUUAUGUAUCCACCGUCAUCUCAGCAAAUUGUAGAAGCUUCGAAGACGUUUCCACCAAACAUUUUCAAAUCUUCUAUUAUGGCUGCCGUUUCAGAGGAUAGCUGUGAUUUUGGUAGCAACAAGUAUUUUUUGUUGUGUGGUCUGGGUGGAUUCCUGUCAUGUGGUAUUACUCAUACAAUGGUAACUCCUUUGGAUUUAGUCAAGUGUCGUUUACAAGUUGACCAAGCCAAAUAUAAAAACGUCGUUAAUGGUUUUAAAGUUUCUCUAAAAGAAGAUGGUGUAAAAGGGUUAGCAAGAGGAUGGGCCCCAACUUUCCUAGGAUACGCCGCACAAGGUUCAUUUAAGUUUGGUUUGUAUGAAGUUUUCAAAGUUUACUAUUCAGACAUCCUUGGCGAAGAAAAUUCUUAUCUGUACAGAACUCCUUUGUACUUGGCAGCGUCUGCCUCAGCCGAAUUUUUCGCUGAUAUUGCUCUCAGCCCUUUUGAAGCUGCUAAGGUACGUAUUCAAACACAACCGGGUUUUGCGACCACUCUGAGAGAAGCAGUGCCAAAAAUUUACCAAGCUGAAGGUUUCAACGGAUUUUACAAGAGUUUGGUACCUUUGUGGAUGAGGCAGAUGCCAUACACUAUGAUGAAGUUUGCCUGUUUUGAAAAGACUAUUGAAUUGUUAUACCUAUAUGUUAUUCCAAAACCAAGAGCUCAGUGUACCAAAGGAGAACAAUUGGUUGUAACUUCAGCAGCUGGUUAUAUUGCUGGAGUAUUUUGCGCCGUAGUGUCUCAUCCCGCUGAUACAUUAGUAUCCAAGUUAAAUCAAGCUAAAGGUGCUACUGUUGCUGACAUUGUCAAGAAAAUUGGUUUUAUGGGAUUAUGGCAAGGGUUAGGACCCCGAAUCAUAAUGGUUGGUACACUAACAUCAGCACAAUGGUUCAUUUAUGACGCAGUCAAAGUUUACCUUAGAUUACCUAGACCACCACCACCAGAGAUGCCAGAAUCAUUGAAAAAUAAAUUACGCCAAUAAUAAUUAUUACUGAAUUUAUUGUUGAUUUUGUAUAAUAUAUUAUUUAUAUCCUUUAGUUUUGUGAUAUUUUAAAGUUAUAUUAAAUGUGUGAUUUCCAAUUUUAGAUCAUUAUAAAAACCAUUUUAAAAAAUACAUGUUUGUUAUUUUA